AUGUACCCACAAUUUCAAAAGGAAAAGAAAUCACAAGGCUCAGUUAGUAAGAAUAAGGGAUGUGAAAAGUGUGAAUUCAAUCAUGGAGAUCAGUCAUGUCUUGCUGCACGAAUUACAUGUCUUAAAUAUGGAAAGGUUGGAAAUUUUGCUAGAUGUUGCAAGAAUGUUAUCCUAGGAAUGGAUUGGUUGUCGUUGAAUCAUGCAGUUAUAAACUGUUAUGAUAAAUCUAUCUUUCUUGCACCUCAAUCUAUGACUAUUGAUUCACCUUUGUUCAAAUGUUUCAUGUAUGCUUUAGCUUUUCAUAAGUAUUUAGUUGAGGGAGCUCAAGGAUACAUGCUCUUAUUUUCUUCUAACGUAGAGGUUGAGGAUAAUUUAACCUUGAUCCAUGUAGUUUGUGAAUUUCCUAAUGUGUUUCCUAAAGAUGUCUCUAGCUUACUCCCUAAUAGAGAAUUAGAAUUACCCAUUGAUUUAGUGUUAGGGUGUGGUCCAAUAUCUGUAACACCUUAUAGGAUGUCAGCACUAGAGUUGGAUGAACUCAAGAAACAAUUGGAAGAUUUAUUGGAAAAAAUAUUCAUUAGGCCUAGUGUGUCAUCAUGA